GGAGUGUGGGUUUGGAGGACAGUAAACCGCCCCCUCUACAGUCAGCCAUAUAAAACUGAAACUAACGGAAAAGGCAUCACUGGAUCUCUGUGGAAUAUCCAACUUGAUACUACCCUCACCGAGGUACAUUAAGGAGCAACAACACUUUUCUUGUAAAACAGGGAGGCCUGAAACAUGUCUUCAUCUGUAUCUACUACAACGGGAGGUGUGGUGGUGGUCACCCAUGUGCACCCAACACCCCAGGAUGGUGAACCCCAGCGUCCUGUGGGCAUCCAGAAGUUCAGCAGGGCCUCGCCGAUGGCGUUUGGGACAGUUCAGAUCAUGAUCGGCCUGAUGACUCUGCUGUUGGGGAUCGUUAUGGCGAUUAAUGCAAACACACUGGGAGUUUUCAGCGGCUUUUUCGUCUGGGGAGCUUUGAUUUACAUCGCAGCUGGAUCUCUGACAGUGGCUGCUGGGAAAUCUCUGAACCGCUGUCGGGUGAUCGCUGCUAUGGUUCUCAAUAUCAUAGCAGCAGUUGCUGGCUGUGUUGCGGUCAUCAUCUACUUCAUGGAUACUGCAUGGAUUUUCGGAUAUAGGAGUUGGACCCCGGGGGUUUCGGGGGUCAUUGCUGUUUUCAAUUUGUUGGCGCUCAUUGUUUCAAUCACCGUCGCAGUAUUUUGCUGCAAUGCCACUUGCAACUGUGGUGAACAGGCACCAUUGCACAUUUUUAUAACUGCAGAAGCUCCAGUGACUGCACAGGCUUCAUCCAGUGUGCCUCUCCACACAGGCAAUAAGCAACACCCAGAGGAACCAAGAGACCCCGCUCUGCCUCAGCCUCCACCCUACACCACUGCUGUCAACUGAAGAGUCUGUCCAAACUGACUAUCCUGUAUCAAAAUGCUCUUUUAAUGUUGACUGAAACCUAAUAUAAGAUGAGAAUCUAAAAAAAAAUCUGUCAUCUGUGUCACUCCUAACCUGAAAUUUGUAAGUGCAGUGAUGUUUCUUGUUUUAUCCAGGGAAGGUAGAGAUUUCUGUUUGUGUAAAACCUUGCUUUACAUAAGAGGGUGAUUCAGUAAUUCAGCAUUGCACAACCAUAAAGUUCACGUUCACAUUAAAAUGGAUUUUCCCUUAA